UCUCUCUCUCUUUCUCCUCCUCCCCCUUAAACCCUCGCCUCUCCCACCUCCCGCCGCUUCCCCCUCUCGCUACGCCGCCGCCGCCGUCGAAGCUUGACAGCCGGAGUCCUCCGCCGAGCCGAGCCGCGCUAGCAGCCUGCGGCUCCCCUCCCCCCAUCCCUCCCCCGGCCAUGGCGCCUCGUCCGCGGAAGCGGGUCUCGCGGCCCAAGCCACGCGCCACCUCCCGCGGCCGCGGCGGCGGGGAUGAGGACCCCUUCUUCGAGUCCGAGCCCAAGCGGCGCCGCGGGGGCGGCCGCGACGAGGACAUCGAGAGCGAGGACAGCGACCUGGAGGGCGUGGCAGCGGCUGCUGCUGGUGGCGUCGGCGACGAUGGGGAGGAGGAGGAGGAGGAGGAGGAGGAGCAGGAGACGGCGGGGGAGAAGAAGAUGCGGAUCGCGAAGGAGCUUCUCAAGAAGGUGACGGACGCGGCGAGGAGGAGGAGGGAGGAUGACGAGGACGAGGACGAGGGCGAGGAAGCCGGCCGGAGGCGGGUCGCCGAUAUCCUCCUCAAGAGGCAAUUCGAGGAGAGUGGCAGGAAGCGGAUGGAGCUCGCCGACAGGAUAUUACAACCAGAUCCUGAGGAUGGCUUUAAGAUGCUCGUGAAGCACCGACAACCAGUUACUGCUGUUGUUUUAUCCAAGGACAGUGAUAAGGGAUUUUCAGCAUCAAAGGAUGGAGUCAUUGUGCAUUGGGAUGUUGAAACUGGAAAAAGUGAGAAGUAUUUAUGGCCAAGUGAAAAUGUCUUGGUUUCUCAUCAUGCUAAGCCACCUCUAUCAGCUAAAAGAAGUAAGCAAGUAUUAGCUCUAGCUGUUAGUGCAGAUGGUCGUUACUUGGCAAGCGGAGGUUUGGAUCGUCACAUCCAUUUAUGGGAUGUUCGGUCACGGGAGCACAUACAGGCAUUUAGUGGUCAUCGAGGAGCAAUAUCUUGUCUUUCCUUUGGACCAGACUCAUCGGAGCUAUUCUCUGGUUCUUUUGACCGUAAAAUAAUGCAGUGGAAUGCAGAAGACAGAACGUACAUGAACUGCCUAUUUGGCCAUCAGAACGAAGUCUUGACAAUGGAUGCACUUAGUAAAGAUAGGCUUUUGACUGUAGCACGGGACCGAACAAUGCAUCUUUGGAAGAUACCAGAAGAAUCACAACUACUGUUCCGUGCUCCUGCUACUGCAUCAUUGGAGUGUUGCUGCUUUAUUGAUGACAAGGAAUUUUUAACUGGAUCUGAUGAUGGAAGUGUUGAGCUUUGGAGCAUUAUGAGAAAGAAGCCUACUCACAUAAUAAGAAAUGCUCAUCCAGUAUUCCGUAACAACCUUAAUUCGCUUGAAAAUAAUGUUGAGGAAAAUGGCAUACAUAAACCUGAAAGUGUCUCAUCAGCCCAAUCAUGGGUUAGUGCUAUUGCUGCAAGAAGAGGUUCUGAUCUUGCUGCAUCAGGAGCAGCAAAUGGUUCAGUUCGUCUUUGGGCUAUUGAACCUGAUUCUAAGGGCAUUCGGCCAUUAUUUAGUUUGAGACUGGAUGGAUUUGUUAAUUCUCUCGCCAUCCCGAAAUCUGGACGCUUUAUUGUUGCUGGUGUGGGCCAGGAGCCUCGUCUUGGAAGAUGGGGCCGUGUCCGAUCAGCUCAAAAUGGAGUUGUAAUCCAUCCAAUCCGACUAAAAGAAGAGAGCGAGGACUUGUAGGGUAGUAGUAGAUGGUUGAUGCCGAAAAACCCCUUAAAUGUUGUUAAGUCACACAAAGGACAAAUCCCUUCCACCUUGCAUUUUUUUGCAACCAUUCCCACCGAUGAAAUUCGAUACAAGAGGCUGAACGGGUUACCUUCACAAGCAAUGGGAAUUUGGAGGGGGUGUUACAGACCAUUUGAGCUGAAGAAUUGAGAUGUAUUCUGUAGAGGAAGUCCCGUCAGGCAAUUUUGUAGCAUUGCUUCCUUAAGUUUAAAGACAGAUUUUUUUUAUGUAUCAAACAAGUAGGAUAAGGCGGUUUUGAAAAUUGGCCUUUGAUUCAAAAAUGCCUUGAUCAAUUGUUCUCUACAAUUGGAGUGGUUUAUAUCAGAUAGAGAAUUGCACACGGGAGGAUUUUGAGGCCCUGAACUAUGUACCAAUACUUUAUUGAUCUAAUCCCUUAAAACUA